AUGAUAUCACCAUCAAGAAAGAGAACUAUUUUAUACAGCAAGAACAUCAACCAAAAACCACGAGCUGUAGUAAAAGGUAACGAACUUCGCUCACCAUCGAAAAGAAGGUCACAAAUAGACACUGAUUAUGCACUCAGACGAAGUCCAAUAAAGAAAGUCCAAAUCCCAAAAGCUACGCAAUUCAUGUUAUAUGAGGAAACGGCUGAAGAAAGAGACCGGACUAUCCACAGACAUAAUAAUGAGGUAUACAGUUGCAAAAAUUCAGUAUGUAAUGAAAAUAAUCCUUCACAAGUAAAGGAAAACCUUUCACCUGCUAAACUUCACCCUGAUAAAACGGCACUUAUAAGAGAAGGAAAAAGAAUCGCAUUAAAGGAUUUAAGCGUUGAAGAAUUCAAAGGUUACAUACAGGAUCCUCUCACUGAUGAGACUAUACCACUGACGUUGCCAUUGGGUAACAAAAAAAUCAGUCUACCUAGUUUUAUAACACCGCCAAGAAAUUCGAAGAUAUCUGUUUUCUUCACUAGUAAACACCAAGGACAGAACCCAGAGACUCUAAUAUCCCGUUCGACCGAUGAUGUCUGCGAAAACAAAGUAGUGAGGAAACUGUCCUUCCGCAUCUGUGAAGAUGAGUAA